AUGUGGGAGGUGAUGCUGUCCCCACUCAGCAAUAUGCAGAGGACCUUCGAGGGGCUGCUCCACGUGAUCGAGGGCUCCGCACCAGAGGAGCGCGUCUCAGCUGACUUGGGGACACGUCGUCUCAGGGGCCUGCCCUCCACCAGCCCCAUCUGUGCCAGCCCCAUGGGGCUGCCCCAUGCUGCUGGGGCCCCCGAGCACACAGAGGAGCCCUGCAGCAUUCCGGGCAGCACUCUGCUUCCGUGCUGCCUGCACCCCCUGCCCUGCACUGCAGCUGGCAACCUGGGGCAGGGGCCGGAUUUGAGCGCCAGAGGGAGGGUCACCGUGCUGUGCUGGCCCAGGGGGGCCACCCUGAAUCAGGAGGGGAGCCCUCAGAGCAACAGCAGCGUCUGUGCACUGAGAGCCAUCCCUGUGCCCUUUCUGCAGGCAUCUCGGGUCCUGCGCAGGUUCAGCCAGUCUUCCCGCUGUCAGGGGAGCCUGGAAGUGCUCUUCCCAAGGCUCCUCAUAGCCCUGCUCAACCACCUGGCAUGGGCUGCACAGACCCUGCUAGACAAGGAGCCGGAGGAUGAUCAACCCAGCCCUUCGCGGUGCGCCAUCCCCUUGCCCUGCCAUUCCCCUGGGCCCUCGGCCGGGGCCCCUGCUCUUUGUGUAACUGGAUCUUGCUCUGCACACAGGGAGGCAGUGGAGGCCAUUAAGGAUCUGCUGUGUGUUGCUGGCUGUGGAGAGAAUGUCCAGCAGAUGCAGGAGGAGGGCGGCUGGGACAUGAUGCUCCAAGGAGAGACCCUGGAGGCAGGAGUCAGUUUGCUGGCCAGAGAGAUGUGCAGGAGCCCAGCUCGGGUGCGGUUCUCCCUCUUCCUGCACACGAGAGACAUCGUAUACUGUGGGAGGAAACAGGAGAACACUUUUGCCAUGGCUUUUUAUGUUGAGCUGCUGGGCUGCCCAGACAUUGCGAAAACUUCAGGUGAUCUGCGGCUCCUGCGGUCUUGUCUGGACUGUGGCAGUGACAGGAUGCUUCUGCUGGCGGUCAGGGGCUUGGUGGCAGUUGCACAGGACCCGGAUGUGGCAGCAGAAAUGCAGGACAGGGUUAUGCUGGACUUCAUCCUGGGAAGACUGGAGCACAACUCGGAAGAGGUCAGGGUGGAGGCCCUGCUCCUGCUCAGGAAGCUAACAGCUCACCCCACCGAGGAUGAGGAGGCCAUCGACAUCACUGUGAUGCUGGCGGAGAAGCUCCCACUCCUCUUUGGUGAUGAGUCCAGCCAGGUGCGGGAGCUCUCCAUUGAGCUCUUUGGAGAAACAAUGGGGACUCUGGUGAGCGGAAAGGAGAGGUGGAUGCAGAUAAUAAUCCAGGGGAACCUGCUCUCCCUCUUGCUGAGAAUGAACGAUAAGACCGAGAGUGUGGCCCAGGCCUCUGCCAAAGCCCUCCUCAUCUGUGCAAAGAUCCUGAGGUGGAGAAAGCUCAAGAGAGAGGUCAAAAGGAAGCGGACAAGGAGGAUUGCAGAGAUCCUGGUGGAGCGGGACAGGGAUGUGAAGUACCACGUGCAUGCCUGCCUGCCAUACCUGAGGGACGCUCAGUGCAACGUGAGAUUGGCGGCCAUCAAGUUCAUGGGGGCUGCUGCACGGCACCUGAGUGAGGAGUCAGAUAUGGAAGAGCUGCAGGAAAUGUGCGAUGCCCUCCAGAGCUUGGAGAAUGACCCUGAGCCCAGAGUCCGUUCCUUGGCAGCUGAGACCUUGCAGAACCUAGGAACUGAGCAGCACCAGCAAAGAUCACGAUGGUCCCUCCGAUCUCUGUUCUGCUGUUGCUGCUGAGAUGACUCAGGGACAAGCUCCUGGUGCCAUCUUCCUGACGCAGGGGACAGCAGCAGCGGGGGACUGAAGGUGCCAGUGAUGAAGGUGGAGCUGGGAAGAUGUCAUUGAGAACUCCAUCCUGACCCUCUUGCUCCACAGACGGAGGCCGUGACUGCUCUGGAAAGCACCCGGCAGGGCUCUGUUCAGCAGCUGCCAGGGUGAGCAGAAGAUUGGGAACGUUUCACCUUCAACUUGUGAGCAUCAUCACUGAGCAUGCCAGUACCAGGACAGCCCUGCUCACAGCUGACCGUGUUGAACCCUUGCUGAUGGCAGCAGCAGAGCUCCAUUUCAUGGGCAUCGUGCACCAGUGCCUCAAAACCAACCUCUUGGUGGCUGAUUGCUCUGGCAUCCAGAGACUGCCAGCAGUUCCAGCUGUCCCCACCUACUGGAAGCAGCUCAUGCCUUCCUCUUCCAUCACUUCCAGGAGGUCACGCGGGUGUCUCUGGCGUUGUUGAAUCUCUCCUCCAGCAGCAGCUGAGCCAGAGCUGCUUUCCUUUUCCCAUCAGAGAGGAGGAAACUGCAGUUCUGGCAGAGCUACCAAGAGGUCACAAAGUCCCCCAAAUAAAAUGUGGCG